GUAGUUCCGAAUGGUCGGAAGGAGGCAUCAUUUUUCGAUGAGUCAUUUCAGAGUGCCGAGACUAACCCUGAAUCGUUAGUGAAGAACAGCGACCUUCUAUUGAAAUGGUGUACGCUGAGAUUUUAUGAAACGAAUCCUUCCGUUCUAAUCAAGGUCCUAGAAUUUGCGAAGCAAGUGCUGGUCCUUGUGAAGGCGUUCGAUGAACCAAUGUCUACUGAAGAAAUGAAUGCGUUUGUGCCUCAUUUGCUUCUCAAGUCUGGUGAACAAAAGGAAUCUAUGCGGAACGCUGUUCGUGAAAUAAUAGACGAAGUCACCGACAUUUGCGGUCCUUUCAAGAUGUGUCCGGUUCUUCUCGAGGCUUUGAAGACGAAGAACGCCCGUCAACGAGCAGAAUGUCUGCAGGUUCUUGAGCAAUAUAUUGCUCGUGCUGGCCUUACACAACUCAAAACUCUGGGGAUACACAAGGCAAUUGCGGCAUGCGUGAGCGAUCGCGAUAACAACGUAAGAAACGCUGCAAUAAACGGGUUAGUGGCGUGCUAUCGCGAAGAAGGCGACCAGGUUCCGUUUUUCAUCCGAUUUUGCUAUGUGUUCAUCGAAUUGAACGCUUUCGUCUUUUGCAAACUUAUCGUUCAGAUGUGGCGAAACGUGGGCAAAAUGGCUGAUAAAGAGCGUGCUAUGGUCGAAGAGCGUAUCAAGCGAUCAGGAGCUGCUCCAGGAAGCGCAGCACCUCGACCAGGGGGUGGCGGUCCUGUUAGGGUCGGCGGUGCAAAAAUAGUAGUGCCUGCAGGAUCCGGUUCUGCGGUUCGUCGUCCACAUAGCCGCAGCGCCUCAGCUAGACGUGACAAUUCGCAAGGUACCAGAGAGAACAGCCCUGAAGGCGAGAGAGCUGAAUUGAACGGUACAUUUACACACGGCGAAGAAGGAAGUCUCAAUCCGACUUAUGGUCCUCGUUACACUAUCGACGAUGACUAUGUGGAGCAAGGCCCCACAAAUUUGGACACAACCCACGUCCUAGAUGAAAUGGAUAAAAUUCUUUACCGUGCCCCAGUACGAACUCCUGUUGUCUCUCAAUUUCCAACUACUCCUUUGAGAAGAACCGGAUCAUCUUCGUCAAUCUCGUCCGUUGACACUAUGGAUCAACUAGAAAAAGUGAUUCAAAACAUAUCCUCGGGUCUCAUCGAUGUUGCGAAGGAUGCAAUGGAACAGGUGCAAUACUUGUUAUCGGUGGAUGACCAAAGAGCUCUGCUGGAGGAUCGCUUAGACAUGGUAAUGCAAACCGUCGGCACACAGUUGAAACUCGUGCGAAAUAUGCAUGGCAUUCAUACGCCGAAAGGGCAGGACAUGCUUAAACUCAUCCUUAAUUUCCUUACACCGCUAACGGCAUCAGCUGACAAAUACGCUCGAAUGAAUGUCGGUGAAGAUGCAACCAAUGGAAUACUUUGGGAAUUGGUCCACACUUUGAUUAAAACGCAGUCAGAUCCUGUGUGCUCUGCAAUGCCCGACUCGGCCCAUUUUGGACGCUCUCUGAACGCUCUGAUUAUUCGAUUAUGUGUGCGAGUAGAGCGAACUGCAUUUUUUGCCGCGUGCACACGAUGUUUGAUGACAAGCCUUUUGGAGGAUCCGGAAGGAGAUGCUGCUCAACUCUUCAUAAAGUGCAUGUACAAAUGGGCUGAUACAAUGACAAAACAGAAGACAUUUAUCGAUAUGGACCUGUACCUUCGUGCUGCGAACCGUUUCUAUGAUCAGAUUCAGCCGGGUACGGCGAACCACCGAUUGUUCUUGGAUGGUAUUCGUUCCGUGGAAAUGUGUUCGGAGCAGGCUAUGAUCGUAAUGGGACCAACGCUUCUCGAGAAAAUGAAGAGGCUUCCAAAGGCGAACCCACAUUUGCUUCAACAUCUACAAGCGUGCUAUGCAGAGUGCCAGAGAAUAAGUCCGGCUGGUUGGGGAGCUUCUUUACCUGGAGCGUCACUGCUGAGACAGCGUUAUUGGGAUCGAAGACAGGGUCUGGGAGUGCAGAUUCUGGACGUGGCCAGUGCACAGAAAUCUAACCCGUUGAACGGUUAUGGUCGCUCCGAGCUGCAGAUUCUUGUGGAUAACGUUAUUCGUGACUUGCCUUCGUAUGAAAAGCACACUACCUUGUUGGUCUCUUACAUGGAUAAACAUCCAGAGCAUGCUGACAAGCUAACGAGUCCGUCAACUACUACAAAUACAGCAGAAACCAGAACGUCUGAGAUGUUCAUUGCCAUCGCUGUCUAUUGCCUUCUUGACUGGGCCUCAGUUGCUUCUAUUGUGUCACUACAGGUACCGCUAGCAAUUCUAGUCCGCGACUUCAUGGAACAGUGUCGUGCCGGAAGACUGAAAGGACUUGGACCAAUCACUGAACAAUUUGGUUUACCUAAUGCAAGGCGCAAACGCUUAACAAAGCGACUCGGUUUCAGUUACUCAUUCUAUAGAAAUCUUUAA